UAUUUAAAAUCCCUAAAGAAGCCACACAGUUUCAUUGCUCCACCGCAACAGUACUACUCCCCUCCUCUCUCUCUCUCUCUCUGUCUAUCAAUCUCUCUCAUGACGACGGCGGAGAACGAAAUCGAUCUUCAACAGAAUGAUCCAAUGGCGACACAGAGUCUUCCCUUCUCUCUCCCUCCGUAUCCUAAGAUGAUAAUGGACGCGAUAGAAGCAUCAAACGACGGAUGCAACAAAACGACGAUAGCGAAACACAUCGAAUCGACUCAGAUCACUCUACCUCCGUCGCACAACACGCUUCUCAAUUACCACCUCAACCACAUGAAACAAACAGGCCAGCUCGUGAUUGUUAAAAACAAUUACAUGAAACCAAAUCCAAACGGUCCUCCCAAACGCGGCCGUGGCCGUCCUCCCAAACCUAAACCCGAUGUCGAUCCUAGCCACGCGGCGGCUGUUCCAGCUCCGUCUGCUUCUCCGCCGAGGCCUCGCGGUCGUCCUCCCAAAUCCAAAGAGUCUCAACCAGAGACUAAAGCGAAGGCGGCACCGAGUGGUUCGGGGAGGCCACGUGGACGACCGCCGAAGAAGCAGAAGACGGAAUCAGAGACGGUUAAGGCGGAAGCACCAACGGCUCAGCCUGAAGGUGAGCGUAGAGGUCGUGGAAGGCCACCUAAAGUGAAACCAGCCAUGGUGCCUGUUGGUUGUUAAGGACUUGUCUCUCUCUCGAGCUUUUGGUUUAAGCCAUCCUUAAGCAAACCGCUCUUUAAAAAGCCUUUGGUUCCGGUUCGUUUAAUGAUAAUAAUUUAGAUUUUUAUUGCUUUAACCGUCUAGUUUAAUUUUAAUUGUUGUGUUCUGUUAUUGUUUAGACGGGUUGAUGAGUAGAGAAGAUAAAUGUUGUAAUUCGACUUUGCAAUUGUGUGUGUUUGUAAAAAAUUUCGGGUCUUAACCCUUUUCUAAAAGUAACGGUUUGGCGAAAUAAUCUUUUUAUGA